CUUGACGAAGAUCACUAACUCCUGUUUUUUACAAAUAUGUCGCGAAUGUUCCACUGGCUUGUUCACUUCUGUGCUAUUUUGUUGGUAAUAAGUUUUGGUAAUGGUAAGACAUGUCUUGGUGUACCCUUGACCAGAAACGCAAUAGCUUGCUCAUCUAUUGAAGGCCCAAAAAUAUCGUCGACUAGAGUUGAGAGGUCGCAUGACUUUUUUCUACCAAAAGGUAAAUCCACAAGCAGUUUGAUCCCAGUCAUGCGAACAGGUCGAUCGGUGAGCAGUUUGAUUCCAGCCAUGAGAACGGGUAGAUCAAUAACGUCGUUAAUUCCGGUAAUGAGAACUGGAAGAUCGUUUUCAGGAUUGAUACCAAUUAUGAGAACCGGUCGAUCAAUGGUAAAAAGCUUAGUCCCCAUGAUGAGAACAGGAAGAUCUGAUCCAAAUAAAACUACAGCGCAAGAACUAGCUGAAGGAUUAACAGAUGGAAAUGAUGCAGAAUACACGACAGAUCUCUUAAACAAAUGGCUUCAAACCAGAUAUUCCUUUCUGUCUUCAAAUGCAUCACCUGCUGAGGAUUCUCGAUUAGAAGACAGUCUGCAUCUAACUAGUUCAGAAGAUGAUCCACUCAACUUAUUGCAUCAAAAACUCCAAUUUCUGUUUGAUGUGGACUCAUAAACUUUAUGUAAAGUUGCGCCGAUACCCAACCCUGACCUCUGGCAUUCUAUAAAAUAACUGUCUUUUUUGUAUCAAGUAUAAAAAUAAAUAAGGUUUUGCAAAGUA